AUGGACGUGGAACCACAGAAGAAACGUCGAUUAACCGACUUUUUCCAGCCGAGAUCGCCGAAGAAAAGUUUGUUUGUUUCUUGUUUCGUUAUUUUUUGUUAAUUGUUGAUUCUAUUUUAUUUCAAAUUAAUAAGAUGUUUGCUAAAGAUUUUCCAAAAUCUCAGCUUCAUUAAAAUACAAUUUUUAGUUCAAUAUGAAACGUUUUUGGAAAUCCGUUUAAUUUAUCUUAAAUAUUAUGUUUUUGUGACUUAUCAAUGAAUUAUCGUUCAGAGCGGUUAUCCGAAAGCUCCGGCUUGAAAUGUCCGAAGGAGAAGAUUUUCGACGAUGUGGGCAGUCCCAAAAUGUUCGCAGCAAGACCCAAAAUGCCCAAAUUGUUUGUGGCCGCCGGGGAUUUGAAGCAAAGGACUUUGGAUGCUGGCCAAAACGUUAUUGGGACUGUUCUUUGUCAUGAGGUCUGUUGAUUUCGGGUAUUUAACAUUUUACUGUCAAUCAAAACACAUAUUCUAUCGUAAUUUUUUUAUAAAAAAAGAGUGUCGAAAAUUUAGAAAAGGUGAGCAUUUUUAAAGUUCUGAGCCCUAAUUUAUACUUUUUCGCGCGUUUUCAAUCUUCAUCUUUUGCUUUAUAGCUCUACAUGUACUCAUGCGUUUCUCAACCCUUUUCCAUUACUUUUUGAUUAUUUACUGCUCCUUUUUUUCAGUGCGGAAUGGUUUAUUCAGUUGAUUGUGUGAAGGAUCGGAUGCACCACGACGAGUUCCACAAUCGGCUGACCGACACGAAAAUGUUGAGAAUUUCGCCUCAAAAAUAUACGUCUUGGCUCGGGUUUUCACGAAGAUUUUGAAGCGGGAAAUAUGUUCAAAAUUCAGAAAAUGCGCCCAUCUGAUCGAUGGCAGAAUCACGAUUUUUCGGCUCGAUCGCCAUACCAAUUCUGCUCUGAAAGCGUUUUUGGAGAAUAUUAUCGAGGUUUGUUUCAGAAAAAAUCAAGAAAACAGAUAAAAAUGGUUGCAACUAUUCAUUAUCAGAUUGUCCACUUUCUCAACAAAAAUAAUUUUCUCAAAGGUUCAGAACCGCUUUUAGCAUUGGUAAAGAAGUUCUUAGAAAAAUAUUCGAAGUUUUGGUAUUACUUUUCAAUAAGGGCAAUUUUUUCCCUUAAAAAUCCAUCUAAGAACUGCUCCAGCCAAUUUCGAAGCUUCAAAAAACAUUUUCAGACAAUAGUUGACGAGGACAUUGGUUACUGUGGAAACGAGUUACUGUGGGCCCCAGGCCGGACCGUUUUCGCCUGUGUCAACGAGACUUUUGUUCAGAAAUCGCCUCUCCGAAUCCUCGUAUCAGUCCUGGUGACCGAUAGGCUUGUCCGCGCCAAAAUUGAAGGCGGAAAAGAAGUUUUAUCGAUUUUUAGUCGAAAAAAUGAGUUAGUUUUUGAGGAAAUCAAAGCGACCCGUGAAGAUCGGCCAAUCAUCGGCGUUGACCGGAUUUGGACGCAUUCGACGGCUCGCAGGAAGGGUCUCGCCGCGAAAAUGUUGCGCGCGGCUUGCGGAAGGGAUGCGAAGAUGUUCCCGUUAACUGGGGGAACGUUGUUGAGGUUUCUUUCUUGAAGAAAAAUACUUGUCAUUUAUUUAUAUUUUUUCCAAGGUCAAUUUCUUUGCGGUUGGGAAGUUUCUGGAAGUUAGAUUGCUUCUUCAUGUUUUUUUUUUUGAAUGAUUUUCUGAGUACACAUCUGUAAAACUUCCUAGUUUUUCGGAAAAGAACACUUUAAAGUUAAAGAAAACCCAAUUGAAUCAGUUGUAAUAGCUUUUUUUUUGAGCUCCUUUAAUCUCAAAAAUUGGAAUUGUCGCAGUUUGGAACUCUCAGGAUCUUAAUGUUCUCUCAUCAAGAAGUUUUCUGGCAGUUUUUAGCUCUUGAUUCUGAAAACCGCAUAGUAAAACGGCCUUUCUUGUUAAAAAAAUUUGAGAAAAAAAUUCAAAAUUUUGUCUCAAAGCGAGAUAGAAACAUCUCGUAACUUAUGAAUUUUCUCAAAUUAGGUUGAGAUGUGAAAUAUUCAAAUAAAAAAACACCAAGUUUCUGUAAUAAUUUUAGUCGAAAAAAAUUGCAACAAUGUCAUGUAAAUUCUUUAAUUCCCUUCUUGAAAUUUAUAUUUUAUUUUAUUUUAUUCUUUGGAAAAAUCGAAAAAUUAGAAUCUCUCAUUCAAAAAUCGUUUCGUUUGCAGAAAAAAACUCAAGAAUUUGAUGAAAAAAAUUUGAAAAAGUUAGAAGACUUGAUUCUUUUUUUUCCACUGAAAAACUUAGAAUUAUUAGAAGAUUUUUUUAAAUAAUAUUUAAAAUUGAAGCCGAAAAAGACGUCUAGGGAAAAAAAUUAUUUUCAAGAAGAUCUAUAAAUCUCCAAAUUUUUUUCAGGGUAGCCUUUUCGGAUCUGACAGCAAAUGGACGGGAUUUCGCAAACGAUUUUGUCAAGUUUACAAAAAAAUUCUAAAACAAUUUUUUUAUCGAAAGUUUUCCAGGAAAAAAACUACCUUCAAAAUGAGGAUAAUAACCAGGAGGCUGAGAUUUUAAAGAAAGGUUGGUUUUAAUUUUGAAAACUUGAAGAAAAAUGCUCAAAAUCGAGGAAAGUUUUAUGACUUUAUCUGCAGGUUUCAGAGAUGCUUUUAGGCUUUUCAUAAUUUUUUUGAAAAAGAAAACUUCAUUUUUCCAGGCCUCCUGACGUAUUCGGAUGAAGACGUCUCCCGAGCUUCUCCAGUCAAAAUUCAUUAA